AUAAAACGUCAAAUGAUGUUAUUUUCCAGGAGAAUCUCAUAAAAAGACUGAAAUACUGGAGAUGAUUAAUGGAGUCUUUCUGUGUUUUUCUAGGUGUGGAGGAGAGACUGAAGUCCACAGAGAAGCAGCUGAAGGAGAUGAGAGAUGUACCAAAGGUGGCGUUCGCCGUUUCUCUGGGCGGUAACGGCCUUCAGAAGACGACGUCAGGAAGCCAGAAACUCAUCUACAAAGACGUCCUGACCAACAUCGGACAGACGUACAACUCAGAGACCGGUGAGUUCACAGCACCUGUUCGUGGCGUCUACUACGUCCGUUUCACCGCCAACGCCCCCACCGACUUCCCCAUGAGCGCCGUGCUCUACAAAAACGACGCUCAGAUCCAGCUGAUCGCCCACGAGCAGUCGUCCGGUGAGGGCAGCGACACGGCGUCCAACGGCGCCGCCCUGCUGCUGGAGGGAGGCGACAGACUCUCGCUGAAACUGUGGCACAACACUCAGAUCUGGGACAACAGCAACCACCACAGCACCUUCAGCGGCUUCCUGCUGUUCCCCAUGUGAGGAGCAACGUGAUGCCGGUUCACCGAAAACCAACACGGAACCAGAACUGGAUUACAGACUCUUUCCUGACUCACUGCAAAACUACCAUCAAGACCUCUAAUCAUCGUCACUUCAGAGGAUAUUUCUCUUGGUUGUUUUCUACUUUUGAACAAAAACAAUCAAAUAUUCUGACUUGAACUUCAUCCUCUGACGUUCUCGUUCUUCAUAUUUCACAUUAAAGAGAUUUAGAUUUGGAAAACGUGGCUCACAAACCGUCUGAUACACCAGAAGCUGCUGAGUUCAUUUACAGAUUUAUGCUGUAAAAACUCUUGAAACUGUACUGAAAGAAAAACCUGAAACGUGAAGGAACCGAGCAGCAGCUGCAGGUCUAUGGAAGGUUUAAAAUGACUACAUGAAAACAAAUAAAUAAACUGAAACACA